AGCGCUGCUGCUGUUCAGCCUGGAUCAAAACAAAUGUUUCAGUUAAUGGUUUAGCGAUAAAACUCGGCUUAUAUACACUGAUUUAAGGAGUUCUCGAGGAGAGCGGGCUUUCGCCAUGUUGUUAAAUGAUGUGUAUAGUUUAUUAAACUGAACUAAAGCUCAGUUCAGCCCGCGGUUUUCUGUACACUGAGUCACAGCAGAGUUACUGUGAGUGGUUCCUGCGGUGGGCGUCGAUACAUUUCUGAGGGGAAAGAAGGAAAGAAACAAAGAAAGAAAGAAGAGUUCUCUGGUGCUUCCACUUCAGACUAACGUCAGCUGAAAGAACCUGGUAUUCAAAAUUGCUCAACUUGAAGGUAUGGUGAACAGCCAGGUCCCGGGAGGUGUGUGCCAGUCUCGGGCGUGUGCGGGCUGCGGAGGGCGAAUCUCCGACCGCUUCCUGCUCUUUUCCAUGGAGCGCUACUGGCACACACGCUGCCUGAAGUGCUCGUGCUGCCAGGCCCAGCUGGGCGAGAUUGGCACCACCUGCUACAGCAAAGGGGGCAUGAUCCUCUGCAGAGCCGACUACAUCAGGUUGUUUGGGCAUACAGGUGCAUGCAGUGCAUGUGGUCAGUCCAUUCCUGCCAGUGAGAUGGUGAUGAGAGCACAAGGCAACGUCUACCACCUCAAGUGUUUCUCCUGUGCGACGUGCCGAAACCGCCUCGUCCCCGGCGACCGAUUCCACUACAUUAACGGAACCAUCUUCUGUGAGCACGAUCGGCCGGGGUCCGCCCUGCUCAGCUCCCACCUGCAGGGCAACCCUGUGCUGCCUGACCAAAAAGUUUGCUGAAAGCCUCUCCUGCUUUCCCUCCCACUAUCCUCCUCCCUGUUUUCCUCCUGAGGAUCUCCAGCCUUAGGAGCAGUCAUCAACAAAUCUCCUGUACAUGAUCUUCUACUGCUGCACUUCUGUUUUCAAAAGGUCAAAAGGUUUCUCCACUACAAAGAAGAUCUUGCAUCCUUUCUUACACUCUGAACAGACUGUUGGUUUGAGGAAGUGCAGAAUUCCAGACCAUAUGCAAGACUGUCUGUGGCCAGGGUUAGGUCUAAUGAACUCUGUGGGACUUCAUAUAGACUGUAAAGACUUCUUCUCUGAACUUUUUCUCAAACAUAUAUUUUGGCACUUACAUGGAACCGACACCUCACCGGUCGCAGGAUGUGCUUGUCUCCGCAUCGAUUUAAGGAACUUUUAUAACAAGUAUAACCGAUGACAUCAUCUUCUUCUUAAAAUCUAUAGAUGGUACUUCAGUGCUUGUGCUCUCUUUUUUUAUGCUCAUGAUUCUUUUAUUAAAACUUUCAGGGUGUGGUUUCCAUAGCCAGCGAAAUCGCAGCAAGGUAUUUUCAGGUUAACGGGCUUUGGACAUUGUUUUCGGGGUGCAGAGUUGUAAAUACUUUUUUUUAUAAUGAUGCAUUAUGGUUAAGGUCCAAUCAUACGGUCGAAAUGUGACGUUUAUUUAAGACAUAAUUUCAAUAAAUGCUUAAACACCCAAAACUGUAUCGCGAAUAAACAAAAAAAAACAACAAAAACAAAA